GCGAAACGUCGCAAAAACUCUCCCACACAGCCGCACCGCACCGAAAGCAAUCACGUGAAUACGUUGUAAUGGUGGAGAAGAGAAGAUCCGCUGCCGUUGUUGGUGUUCUUGCUUGAGAGCUCCCGUGCCUUGUGCCCGUUCGAUCUAGGAUUUUCCCCGCUGUGCCGUGUGUGUUUCGCGGAUUUGCUGCAACGCUACUCGUUCGACCAGACGGAUUUUGGUUCGGCUGCAAUCUCCGGGACCGUCUCUCGCGAGCGCGUACACAUCCGUCGUCGCUUUUCUUGGUUGGCCAUUGGAAAAGAGGGAUCCCCAUCCACCGAUAAGCGUCCACAAUGACCGAAUACUGGUUAAUAUCCGCACCGGGCGACAAGACAUGCCAGCAGACCUGGGAAACGAUGAACAACGUUACCAGCAAGCAGAACAAUCUGUGUGAAAACUUCAAGUUUCACAUCCCGGACCUGAAGGUCGGUACGCUCGAUCAGCUGGUCGGACUGUCCGAUGAUUUGGGCAAGCUGGACGGGUACGUCGAGCAGACGACGCGCAAGAUCGCCGCCUACCUGGGCGACGUGCUGGAGGACCAGCGCGACAAGCUGUACGAGAACUUGCAGGCCAACAACAAUGACCUGACCUCGUACAUCACCCGCUUCCAGUGGGAUUUGGCCAAGUAUCCGACGAAGCAGUCGCUGCGCAACAUUGCCGACAUCAUUUCCAAGCAAGUCGGACAGAUCGACGCGGAUCUGAAGACGAAAUCGGCCGCGUACAACAAUCUGAAGGGCAACCUGCAGAACCUGGAGAAGAAGCAAUCUGGCAGUUUGCUGACCCGUAAUUUGGCCGAUCUUGUCAAGAAGGAACAUUUCAUUCUCGACUCGGAGUACUUGACCACGCUGCUUGUGAUUGUGCCGAAGGCCAACAUGGGCGACUGGAACGCACACUACGAAAAGAUCACGGACAUGAUCGUGCCCCGCUCGUCGCAGACGAUCACACAGGACCAGGACUACGUGCUGUGCACGGUGACGCUGUUCAAGAAGGUGGUGGACGAGUUCAAGCUGCACGCCCGCGAGCGCAAGUUUGUCGUGCGCGAGUUCGUGUACAAUGAGGAGGAGCUGGCCGCGGGCAAGAACGAAAUCACGAAGCUGGUGACGGACAAGAAGAAGCAGUUUGGACCGCUGGUCAGAUGGUUGAAGGUCAACUUUAGCGAGUGCUUCUGCGCCUGGGUGCACGUGAAGGCACUGCGCGUGUUUGUCGAAUCGGUACUGAGAUACGGACUGCCAGUCAAUUUCCAAGCCAUCCUCAUCCACCCGAACAAGAAGAGCACAAAGCGUCUGCGUGACGUGCUGCAGCAGCUGUACGGCCAUCUGGACGGCUCGGCAGCCUCGUCCGGUGGUAAUGCGGAUAACGUCGAUAUUCCUGGGCUCGGCUUCGGACAGUCGGAAUACUUCCCGUACGUGUACUAUAAGCUAAACAUCGACAUGGUCGAAACGAAGGUUUAAAUAGACACGCGGGACAGAGCAGCAUUCAGAACGCAUCCAGGCGACGCCGCGUCAAACGUGCCCCAAACAUGGUGGAAAGGGCUUUCAUUCAUUUUCUUACCCUUUUUCCGUCACUUAUUUUUGCCCUUUUUCGUGGUUCAAUUUCGAACGGAACCAGUGCAUCUUUAGUCGUCGUUCCAUUGUAUUUCGUUCUGUUUUCCUUUUCCAUUUUCACCGGCGGGCUCGUUGGUUUCGUUGAUUUGUACGAUGGUUAUGCAAGCGUUAAGCAAUCGUUAAUAGGCAUCCCUUUCUAUUUCCUAUUUUUUCUCUCGCACAAAUCAAUUUCCUGCUGCAAUUUCGCUUCCCCGAGGAGAUGCAACACAAGCAAAAAACAAUGUUUCCCACUCCCCCUUCCGGUAACAUCUCCGCCUCCUCACUCACUCGGCUAAUUGUGUAAUUCAAAAUCGAUCCCGAUGUUAUUAUGUUGAUUAUUUUAUUGAUGAGUUUUAUUGAUUAUUGCGUAAUGUGUGGGCAGAGAGCGAACGUGUUAAGGUUAAUGAACUCUGUUUUGUUUCGAUCCGAUACUUAUCUUUCUUUUUCACUCAUUUUUCGGUAUCCGUAUUUAGUACAGUUUUCGUAGGAUGUCACACGUCUAGACUUUUAAUAAGAUCCCUUUACGAAAGCACAUUUCGUAUUUAGGUGCUUCGACUUGAAGUUGAAGCAAAUCGCGCGGCUUGGGCUUAACAACUAAUAGGCGACAAAUGAAACAGAGAGAAAAGGAGAAAAAACACACACAAAAACAUAAUCCCAAUCGUUGGCUGGUUUGGCGUUGCAACGGAGGGGAAAAAGGAAAACAAACAACUUUCCGUCCCCCCGUAUUCCCUUCCCUCCGAGUUUCCGAGUCCCCUGAUGCCCAAGAUACGAGGAUAAAAUCGAGCGCAAGCUUCCUCGAGCGACUCGGCAAACAUCCCUUUUGCAUACGUGUGUUAGGAUCAAAGUAUUAUCUCGUGUCACUGUCGGGUUUUGUCAAAACCGUCAUCGAGCAAAGCAAAACCGAACAAUAUGAUCGUACCGUUGUUGUUACAUGCAAACUCUAUCAAAUCGUUUCUCUUUUUUGAACGUAUAUUGCUGUUGUUAAUGGCCCCUGCUGUGAAUGUGUACAGAAGCGAGCGCAUUUGGUGCUGCUUGUGGUUCGAUGUGCAUCGAAAGAACACAUAUUAAACACCCUCAUGAUGCUUGCGUAGAAACACCCACCCUCUUACGUGUGUUGCCGUGGUGGUAAAACAAUAAUUACAGUCGAUCGUAUAGUGUAAGAACUUUCGGCAGAAAACAAAAGAAACAUCCCUAAAAGCCGCCCCUCCUGUCGAUCGAUGCUGAUCGAAUAGAAGUUAUCGGAAGGCGUAAAAUGAAAAAGCCAUUGCUAAUCAAAAAAGAAGUAUCCCGUCUCUGUUAUACUUGUAUGUGCAAAAUUCUAAUACUGUAUUCCAUAAGGUGAAGCAGCUCGGCACCCGAACAUCCUCCUUAUUCCAUACAAGAGCGUAGUAUCCAUUAUUGAAAAACAGGCCGAGUGUGCAUGCUUGCAUAAGUAGUUGAUACGUUAAUCUACCUGUUUUUAUCUGUGCGGAGGAAAUUAAACCACAGCCAGAGCGGCUUUCUCUGGCAUGCAGUAAAGGCAAAAAAGCAUUGCUGAAAGAAGGUACAGCGCCGCCGCCCGAAGGUAGUAGUCCUUUGUUAUCGUAUAUUAUAUAUUUCGUGUAAAUAAACCGUAGUUCCCGGGUUUGGCAAAUGUGUAGACUGUGAAAAGCGAACCCCGGAACACAACAUAAACACACAAACAGUCCGAUGGUAAAAGAAAACAAAAAUCGCGCAUAGUAAUGGAACAGUUACAAACCAAUAAUAACGAUGAUGAUGAUGAUGAUGAUAAUAGGAACAUUCCAAGCGAA